GAGGGGAGAGAGAGAUCCAUCGAUUUUUCCUGUCUCGGCUUUCUCUUCUGCUUAAAACCCUAGGCAGGCAGAUUCUAUAAACGCCGCAACAUACGAACUCCUUCAAGUUUCGGGGAGAAUCAGAUGGAUUUGGAUCAGUGGGUAGCAAAGGUUAAAGAAGGCCAGCAUCUUUUGGAGGACGAGCUGCAGCUUCUCUGCGAAUACGUAAAGGAGAUCCUAAUUGAGGAGUCCAAUGUGCAGCCAGUCAACAGUCCGGUCACAGUCUGUGGUGAUAUUCAUGGCCAGUUUCAUGAUCUAAUGAAACUUUUUCAGACAGGGGGUCAUGUGCCAGAGACAAAUUAUAUAUUUAUGGGGGAUUUUGUUGAUCGAGGAUACAAUAGUCUUGAAGUUUUCACUAUUCUUUUGCUUCUUAAAGCAAGGUAUCCAGCCAACAUUACCCUCUUACGUGGAAACCAUGAAAGCAGGCAACUAACACAAGUUUAUGGUUUCUAUGAUGAGUGCCAAAGGAAGUAUGGAAAUGCUAAUGCGUGGCGAUAUUGUACAGAUGUUUUUGACUAUCUAACACUUUCAGCGAUUAUAGAUGGGACUGUUCUUUGUGUACAUGGAGGUCUUUCUCCUGACAUACGGACAAUUGAUCAGAUAAGGAUAAUAGAGAGGAACUGUGAAAUUCCCCAUGAAGGGCCAUUCUGUGAUUUAAUGUGGAGUGAUCCUGAAGAUAUUGAAACAUGGGCAGUCAGUCCACGUGGAGCAGGUUGGCUAUUUGGAUCCAGGGUCACAUCUGAGUUCAACCACAUAAAUAAUCUUGAUCUAGUUUGUCGAGCGCACCAACUUGUGCAAGAAGGUCUCAAGUAUAUGUUUCAAGACAAAGGCCUAGUAACUGUAUGGUCUGCACCAAAUUACUGUUACCGCUGCGGGAAUGUGGCUUCUAUAUUGAGCUUCAAUGAUAGUAUGGAAAGAGAAGUGAAGUUUUUCACCGAAACUGAGGAGAACAAUCAGAUGAGAGGACCUAGGACAGGUGUUCCUUACUUCUUGUAAUUGAAGGGAGAUAAAUGCCAUGCUAUUUGUAAAAUUGUGCUAGUAUUUCCAAUUGACUGUUGAGAAAAGCUCCAAUUAGGAACGCUUGGAUUUGUCCUGCUUGACCUGGCUGCUGCAAUUCCUGUCUGGUCCAGGCCGCUUCUGAGAUUUGUGGGUUGUGCGUGAAGGUCUCUGUGUACGUUACAACAGUAUUUAUUGGUUUGGUGUCUGUCAUCAUAGUUCAUUCCAAAAUGUUUUCUAGUUUUACAACAUACAACAUUUUUAGCUAAAAUCUCUUUAAUUCCAAGCCACUGUGUUUUGUUUUUUUUUUUUUCUUGGCCAAUAACUACUGUUGUUAUUA